AUGUCAGGGCCGUCGAACGUCCCGCCCAGACUAUCCCGAGAGGCAACCCAACGGGGCGAGGCACCGACUCUUUACUCGAGCAGCAGCGCCGUCACGCACAAUGCCUACCGAGAGAGGCCUCUACAGCUGCAGCAGCAGCAUGGCCCGCCGCCGCCGCCCCAACACCUGCCGCCCCCGAGAUCCUACCCGCACGAGCCGCUGCGCGCACCGCACGGCUUUCCGGGCCCCGAGGAGGCGAUGCCGCUGACGCCCUUGUAUACGCCCCAUCAACCUCGCGGAGCUUCGCAACCGGCUUACCAGCGGCCGCAUACCGCUACGUCUGGACACAACUCCGAAGGGCCGUACCCGAUGACGAGCCGAACGCCGGCAACUGAAAACCAGUCCUUUUCUCCGCCCAAGUCUCAGAGGAAAACCAAAGGCCAUGUUGCCUCUGCCUGCGUGCCUUGCAAGCGGGCCCAUCUUCGUGCUGACCAACUGGCGACAGCACAACGACCGUGCUCGAGAUGUCUCAGCAACGGCAAGGAAGACGCUUGCGUUGACGUUCAACACAAGAAGCGUGGUAGACCCCGACUUCGAGACGACAGGGACGCCCGAUACGAUCCGCUACGGGCCCCGCACUAUCCAGAUCUCUCGUUGCGAAGGCCGCUGAGUACAUAUGCCCCCGGAGGCCCCGUGGCGCAAGGAUCCGACGAGAUGAUUCAGAGACACUAUGUCGAGAGAGCCCCUGAUGGGAGCAUCUACAGCCCGCCACCGCUGCCUGCUGGCUACCCGGAGCCGGUGGCUUACCUGACGAUGGGAAUGGACUUUGCCAAGGCAUCGCCGACGUUUCUGGAUGCUAUUAGCGCCGUGAGCGUGACGAGUAGGAAACUGAGCGAUGUAGCGGCCGGCACGGAGGCGGAAAAGAUCUUUGGCAUGCAGAACCGGCUUUUGGGCGAGCAGAAACGAAGAGAACCAAACUACUUGCCGCCUAUCCUGGGCCUCGGGCCGGCCUUUCAGGGGAUGGGAUUCGGCAAGGAGGACAUUACGAGGUUCCAUUUGAAUAUUCAGGAGCAGCUGGCAUUUGUCGGGCCUGAUGGAUAUGCGAGGCAUUAUCCUCUCCGCAUAGGGCUGGGAAAGGAGGGAUCGUUCUUCUUCGUCGUCAUGUUGCUGAGCAUACCGCCUCGUUACCCGCUUCCGUCGUCCGCGCCGACACGAGUUCCUGCCGCCGUUCCCUAUCACGGGACACCAGGGCCACCGGAAGGCCUCGGGCCCCGCGCGGGUGUCGGCCCGGCGUUCGAUCCCGUCCGACACAGAGUCAGCGAGAGCCCUCUGAAUCUGCGAUCGCCUCUGAGCCUGCAGAACCUGGCGAGCCAAGCGUCGCCCGCGGUCAGCCCCGGCAUCGCCUCUCCCGUUUCCCCCUACGGUGCCUCGGCGGGCACCAGCCGCUACUCUGGGCCGACGGAACAGCCACCCUAUGGACCUGCUGCCUCUGGCGGACAACUGCCUUCGUUUUCCGGUCGGCCGGGCCAGCAGAGAUUUCAGCUUCCCCCCAUCAGAGCACAUUCCGAGCAACGCCCACCGGCGGUAAUGGGAGGAUACGGAUGGCAACGAGACGAACGAUCAGGGCGCGUCGAUAUCGGAGGCUUAAUCGAUAAGCCUGAAGAUGACGGGGGGAAGCCGCAUUAA